GUCCCAUAAGCCACACAACAGAGGAAAAACCCUGUGCAGUGCAAGCAGCCAUCUUGAACAGGCAGGCAAGGUAGAUACUUCAGCCAGGAUAACCUGCAGAUCUCAAGACAUUAAACCGACAAUUCCCGAGCCACAAUGGCCACCGCACCGUACAACUACUCCUACAUUUUCAAAUACAUCAUCAUCGGGGACAUGGGGGUAGGGAAGUCAUGUUUGCUUCACCAGUUCACAGAGAAGAAAUUCAUGGCAGACUGCCCCCAUACGAUCGGCGUGGAGUUUGGCACGAGGAUAAUCGAGGUGAGCGGCCAGAAGAUCAAGCUGCAGAUCUGGGACACGGCGGGCCAGGAGCGCUUCAGGGCUGUCACGCGUAGUUACUACAGGGGGGCCGCAGGUGCACUCAUGGUCUACGACAUCACCAGGAGAAGUACAUACAACCACCUCAGCAGCUGGCUGACUGAUGCCAGAAAUCUCACCAACCCCAAUACUGUGAUCAUUCUCAUAGGUAACAAAGCAGAUCUGGAGGCCCAGAGGGACGUCACGUAUGAGGAGGCCAAGCAGUUCGCUGAGGAGAACGGUCUCUUAUUCCUGGAAGCCAGCGCAAAAACGGGUGAGAACGUGGAGGAUGCUUUCCUGGAGGCGGCUAAGAAGAUCUACCAGAACAUCCAGGAUGGUAGUCUGGACCUGAAUGCUGCAGAGUCUGGUGUCCAGCACAAGCCCUCCGCCCCCCAGGGAGGCCGGCUAUUAACCAACGAACCACAGCCCCAGAGGGAAGGCUGCGGCUGCUAAUGACCAACUCCUCUCUCGCUCUUCUUCUCCUCCUCCACCCCCCUCUCUCUCUCCUCAUCCUCCCUCCAUCACCCCCACCCCACCGGGGCUGCAUGAGUGUGGGGCACGGGUGGAGGGAGGGAACGAGGGAUGGGCUGGCCUAGGCUGGGUUGUGUAGUAGUGUACCUCCCAUUCCAUCCUCCUCCCCCUUUUCACUUUCUUCUUCUUCACUUCUCUCUCGUUCCGUCUCUCCUUCUCUUCCUCUGCCCCAUUCAGUCCAGCUCAUCUGCCAUGGAAUCCCAGUUCCACACACAUUUAACAUAUAUAUAAAAGACGUGGGUUACUGACACAGAUGGGUAAUGUUCAUAACAAAACCAGAAUAAAUACUUUUUUUAACGUU